GGGCGGCGCCAGGUGAUGGGCAGCGCCGAAGCGGCGGCGCUGGGAUCGCCCGGCAUGGAGGUCGGGCCGGCCGGGGAGCGGCAGGACGGCAGGAAGGAGCAUUGGAAACUUCUGGGCAACUUGAAGACAACAGUGGAGGGUUUGGUGUCCACCAACAACCCGAAUGUUUGGUCCAAGUAUGGCGGCUUGGAGCGGCUGUGCAGAGACAUGCAUAGCAUCCUCUUCCAUGGGCUCAUCCACGAUAAGGUGUACUGCAGGCAGCAGGAUUACUGGCAGUUCGUGAAGGACAUCCGCUGGCUGAGCCCCAACUUUGCUCAUCACGUGGAGGAGUUCAUCAACCUGCGUGAAGAUGACCUGCAAAACGCCGACAGCCUCAGCGACCAGGCCCCAGCGAAGCAGUGGCUGCAGCGCAGCCUGCAGUUCCACUGCCUCUCUGCCCAGUUGAAGCCUCUGCUGGGGAACAGGCAGUACAUCAGGAAAUUUUACAAAGACACUGCCUUCCUGCUGAGCGAGGCCCAUGUCACAGCCAUGUUACAGUGCCUUGAGGCUGUGGAACAAAACAACCCCCGGCUCCUGGCUCAGAUCGACACGUCCAUGUUUGCCAGGAAGGGUGAAGCCCCACUGCAGGCGACCAAGAGCCAGAGCCUGACAGCACUUCCUGGGUCUGUGCCAGUCAUCCCCGCAGACUACCCCUCACAUCGGUACUUUGGGUCCUUCUCCAGCCUGCACCAGCCAGCCGCCACAGGCACCUCGGACAGGAGAGUGGCGAGCUUCUUGGUGGGAAGCACCAGCCAGCCUCCAGAGAGCUCACUGCACGACUUGCCCUGCUUGCUGCUGCAUGACCAGUCCCCUCUGGGCCUGUCUGGCCCCCUUCCCAGCCUCAGCACUCCCUCUUCCAAGGACUUGUCCUCUCCGGCCAGUGAGAUGAGCGCCAGCACCACAACUGGCCAAAGCGAGGACGCCUGGGUGGGCAACCAGGACGACCAGCAGAGCGACGCCAACGACGGGCCGGAGUACCUGGCCAUCGGGAAUCUGGGGCGCCGAGGCCGGGCAGCCAGCAGCCAGAGCAGCUCAAGCAGCAGCAAGAGCAGCAGCUCUCCCCUCUUCUCAUCCAGCAGCUCUCAGAAGCCAGAAUCAGUGUGCUCCUUGGGGGAGCAGGGCCCCAGCAGUUGCACCAGGGCCAUGGGCAUCCUGCGCAGGUCCAGCUUCUCGGAGGGGCAGACGGCAGCCACGCAGGGGAUCCCCAAGAAGAGUCACGCACGCUCCCAGUCGGAUACCAACGUGGCCUCAGGGAGAGCUCAUGGAGGCCUCAGGGAUAUCACCAUUAUUAUAGAAGACCCAGUAGCAGAAUCGCAUGGAGACAUUUCGCGAGUGCGAGGCCCCUUGUGCUGCUCCCCCCAGGGCAGUGAUGUGAGCAUGCCAAGCUCCCUGUACAUGGAGCAUGACACCAGCCAGUACCUGAGUUCGGGAGAAGGGAUGUUCCGAAGACCCUCGCAGGGGCAGUCCCUCAUCAGCUACCUGUCGGAGCAGGACUUUGGCAGCUGUGCGGACCUGGAGAAGGAAAAUGCCCACUUCAGCAUCUCAGAGUCGCUGAUUGCAGCUAUCGAGCUGAUGAAAUGCAACAUGCUGAGCCAGCAGCUGGAAGAGGAGGAGGAGGAGAGCGACAAGGAGAUUCAGGAGCUCAAGCAGAAGAUCCGCAUCCGUCGCCAGCAAAUCCGCACCAAACAUCUCCCUGGCUACCGGGAAAUGGGCUCCGAUGGCUUCAUGGCUACAGACAGUGGGUCCCAGUUCAGCUCUCGUGACUCCAUGCGGCUCUCGGACUCGGGCUCUGCGGAGGAAGUUGAGGAGUAUGAGAUACAAGAUGGUAGCGAUGGAUCUAACCUGAUUCAAAUGUCCAAGAACGGGCUCUCGGUGUCAAUGGCUUCCCUAUUCUCAGAUGCUGACAUCCAGAAGAGCAUGCCGGCUGCCCAGAAAUCCUUCCUCUCCUCAGAGUCUGUGUCCUACACCUUCCUGCAUUCAAACUCAGCUGAGGCGGUGGCAAUGGGUCUGCUGAAGCAGUUUGAAGGCAUGCAGCUCCCAGCCGCAUCCGAGCUUGAGUGGUUGGUCCCGGAGCACGAUGCUCCUCAGAAGCUCCUGCCCAUCCCGGACUCACUGCCCAUCUCUCCCGAUGAUGGAGAGCACGCUGACAUCUACAAGCUGCGAAUUCGGGUCCGUGGGAACCUGGAGUGGGCACCUCCCCGGCCCCAAAUCAUCUUCAACGUCCACCCUGCCCCAACGAGGAAGGUGGCCGUGGCGAAGCAGAAUUACCGGUGCGCUGGCUGCGGCAUCCGGACAGACCCCGAUUACAUCAAGCGGCUGAGGUACUGCGAGUACCUGGGCAAGUACUUCUGCCAGUGUUGCCAUGAGAAUGCACAAAUGGCCAUCCCUAGCCGCAUCCUGCGCAAGUGGGACUUCAGCAAGUACUAUGUCAGCAACUUCUCCAAGGACCUGCUGGGCAAGAUCUGGAGUGACCCGCUCUUCAACGUGCAGGACAUCAACGCAGCGCUGUACCGCAAGGUCAAACCCCUCAACCAAGUCCGGCUCUUGAGGGUCCAGCUGUUCCAUAUGAAGAACAUGUUCAAGACCUGCCGCCUGGCAAAGGAGGUCCUGGACUCUUUUGAUGCGGUGCCUGGCCACCUGACUGAAGACCUCCACCUCUACUCCCUCAACGACCUGAGCGCCACCAAGAAGGGGGAGCUUGUUCCCCGCCUGACGGAGCUCGUGAAGGCUGGGGCUCUGCAUGUCGAGAGAUGCAUGCUGUGUCAAGCCAAAGGCUUCAUCUGUGAGUUCUGCCAGAACGAGGAUGACAUCAUCUUCCCCUUCGAGCUGAACAAGUGCAGGACAUGCGAAGAGUGCAAGGCCUGCUACCACAAAUCCUGCUUCAAGGUGGGGCCCUGCCCCAAGUGUGAGCGGCUCCAGGCCCGGAGGGAGCUGCUGACCAAGCAGAGCUUGGAGUCAUGCACCUCGGACUGUGAGGAGGAGCCGGAGCUGGAGCCGCGGGAGGCAGCAGCCGCUACGUGAGGAGGGAGCGGAGCCGGCAGGCACACAGGGCCUCCAGCUGCAGGGACCGACUGACAGAUUGGAACUGACUCACUGUGCUGCCCCGUGGGGCUGAGACACGGGGACCUCAAGCACCAGCCCCCAGUGCUGGCGGGACCAACUCUGCCUCACGGGCAGUGUUGCUCUUCUCCAUGGGUCGUGGUCCAGUAGAUGGAUGGGGGGCGUUGUUCCAGGUGCUGGCAAGUCCCAGCCUUGCCCCAUGUGCAACCUGGGCCUCAGUGAGGGAGUGACAACCCCACACCUCCUCCCUGUUAACCCUCAGGCAGCAGUUUCUACCCAGGGGCAGGGGCCUGUCUUGACUCCAUGUGCUGCUGGACGGGCUGCGCCUCAGGGCUUUGCUGAGGCCUCUCUGCUGCCCUCCCCUCCCCUCCCCUCCGCUGCUGUGGAUUUUCUUCACAAGAACCUUCCUUACCACUGGGAUGCUGUGAACAGUGCCUCAGCCAGUCUGCAGCCACUGCUUUUGACUUCUGAGACUCUCCCCUGCUAAGGACCUGUCUGUGGCAUGGGGCCUUCCUAGCAGCGACCUUUCCCUGCUGGUUAUCCCGGGGCAGGUCUGAGCCAGCUGCAGGCUCCGUGUCGGGAUUAGCUGGCUCCUCCAGAGCUGUUUGGCUCCUCGCGACGUGCCUGGGCUAUAGCGGGACGAGAGGGGCUGGGCUCCCAAAGGAUGGCAGGGGGCAGGGCCCAUCUGCUGCUUCGGAGAUUCCCCUCACUGCCCAGGGUGUUGGCAGGCUGCUCUGGGGGUGAGGAGCUGUGUGGACCCAGGCGAGGGAAUAUGGGGAAGUUUGUGUGGGUGGGCUGAGCUGCUGUGUCCCUCCAGACAAGAAGCCUUCUGGGUCCCCAUCUGGGCUCUCACCGGGGGAUCGGGGUCAGCCAGUACACAAACCCCAGGUGCCAGCUUCCUGCUCUCCCCCAGCUCGGCCCUCUCCAGAGAGUCCGGGCAGGAGGAACUAUGCCUGCUGUGGGGCCAGCCCCACGUGGAAGCAGCCCAAUGUUGCAUGGCAUGUGGAGAUGGUGUCAGGACGGUGUGGGGGUGAAUUGUGUACACCCCCUCCUCUCCCUACCACAGCCGUGAGGGCAUUGCUUCUUGCUGCGCUGGGGCAGUCUGGCAGGAUGGCCACAGUGCCAGGCAGCGGAGGUGCACCCCAGCUGGUCCCUGACCCCAUCACUGAGAUCUGAACCCAGCUCCAGGCCUCCACCCUGGUGCUGCGCUCCCUCCACCCUGGCUGCCCUCAUGGGCACAUGGGGCUGUUAGCAGCAUCUCUCCAGGGACAGUGAACAGGACCAGCUGCCCACCACCCUCCAGAGCCUGCAUCUUCAGCUGCAGUGCCGCCGUCCUGUCCUCUUCUCUCAGCCUCGUUCGCUGGGUCAUUUUAAUUGUCCUGAUCUUAGAUUUAAGUUUAUGAUUAUUUUUUACCACAGUUCAUUGGGAACAGGGCAUCUUUUAAUGACCUGUUCCCAUUGAAUCUCACCGUCCAGCACAGAGGUGCAUCUCCUGGGGUUAGCGUAGCUGUCCUGUCCAGCACAGACCUGUACGGGGCUUACUACCGCCAGUCUGUGAGCCACAGGCUCCAGGUAUAGAUGUCCCUAUUUUUGUCGCUGCCUGUGCUGGGUGUAUGCCCAGAACCAGCCUUGACCAGCUGGAAAGCCCCCAGCACUGGAGGUCUGGAGCUGGGAUGGGGGGAGAUGAAAUGCGUUCCUACUGCCGCUUGUUUGCUCCUCCCUACAACAGCUCUGCUCUGUACAGGCCUGGAGAGACAGCUCGUGGCUGCGUGCGUCUCAUGGGGGUAUCUGCACGGCAGCAGGGAGCUCGGGCCUUGGGCAUUGAGCAGGGUGAUUGUGCACGUGAUGGAGGUGGGGGGUUGCUGUGUCGUCUGGAAGUGUUGGGGCAGGGCAAGAUCUGUGGGACUGCCCUGGCUGUGCAGCUAGUGCUUUGGGCUGAGGUCCCUGUCCUGCAGGCUCAGCUCCUUGGGCAGUGGUGGCACAUCCCUGGGUGGGAAGGCAGGCUGAAAGUAGCUGUGAAGGACAGAGGCUGGUGCAUUCUCUUGGGGCAGGGGAAGGCUGGCUGUGUGGCUGCUUUGGCUUGAAAGAGAGGAAAUUGAGAAGGGAACCCCCCAAUUCCAUGGCCAUGGGCCAGUUGCUUUGCUCCCUGCAUCCGGCAGCAUUGUCCCCCUGGAGUGAUUGAACUAGAGCUCCAGUGCCCCAUCCAGCUGCAGCCUGGCAGGCAGGGGAUGCUCUUGCAGGGAGGGCAGACGAGCUGGGUCAAUGCUGUGCUUGGGCUGGACACAGCAGGGGGUCAUACAGGGCUCUGGGUGCCCUGAUGCAUCCAUAUGGGCACGCAGUGACAGCGGGGUGUUUCCUGCACAGGUCCAUGGGGUGGAGAGAGGGGCCCAAGUGAGAGUUAAAACACAAGAGGGAAGGCCUUAGAGUAGCACCAAUGCCCCCUUGCCAACCAAACAGCUGCGAUGCUACCGUCUGGGGUCCUCAGCGCAGCCUGAAACUGCCCCCUCGCAUGCGCCUGGCUGGGAACUGACUUCUGCACAAGCUGCUCACGCUCGGCUCUGAACACCCAGCCCCGGGGGCCUCGCAGCAGCCAUCAGCAGUUAGGCCCCAGCUCCAUUGGCCACCGGUGCCCAGGAGUUGCCUCUGCUCUCAUGCUCUAAGCAGAGCUGCUGACAGCCACCCGGGUCUGGCCACCCAGAAGCUCUGGAUGGUGAUGCUGUCCCACAGACUCUGCCACGCGGUGACUCGCCCUCCCACAGACACCGACAGCUCCUCUGGCAGCAGCCUCGCCUGAGCCGAACCUUGCACUACUGGCCAGCUCGGUUAGGGCCGAGCCCGUGGAUGAGCUGUGCCAGCUCAGACGAUGUCCCUCCAAAACUUGUUCGAAGCACUUUAAUCCUUUGAGGCGCUGCUGGGGUGACUAAGCCUCUCGACGGCCAUUUCUAGAAGCACUGAUUACCGUCCGACACAGUGAAUGGAUCUGGGGUGUUUCCCCCUUCCCCUCCCUUGAUGAUAGGGAUUUCUGGAAGAGGGGUUUUUCUGGACACAGUGGAGGGUCUUACAAUUAUGCACAACACUAAUGAAGCUGUUACUGACCCGUUUGCCAAGGUAGGACAGUACUUACUCCUACAUGUAACACUGCCUGUUGUGAGUUGGCGCAUUGGAUUCAUGCGCGUAGGGAGAAGGGUGGUGCUGUGCUGUACACUGGGUAGAAUUGGAUUGCUGCCCACUAUGGUACCACAUGACCUACCUUUGACCAUGCCAUCCCUAAUAAACUAAGUUAAUGAAAAACA